AUGACAGAUCUUGGAGGGGAAGUAAUUAAUUUCCCGGAAAUCAGGCCACAAAGCCCCAUUCCUGUGGAUGAUGAUCUGCGCAAGCCUGAAAUCAUUCCGAUUGAGUUACAGAACUUUCCUGGACCUGGGGUACUGACAGUACAUAUUCUCAAGGGUUUUGGCCUCUCAGCCCCACAAUAUGGAGCGGUUUCGAAGCAGCCUGAAACUGGUUUCUCCAACGUCGCAUCAAAAACUCCACGUGUAGCUCUUCCAAUCACCAAUCAUCAAAGCCUGCUGCUGCCUUAUGCCAUCCUGGAGUGCGAAAAAUCUGAAAUCUUUAUCGACGCCUGUCAGGGGACCAGAGAAAACCCGGAUUGGAUGCCAAUGGGAAGGAAGAAGUUUGACAUUUUCAGAUCCGCGAAGUUGACAAUACGUCUGUAUGCGGGCAACCCGAACAGUCAUUGCAGAGGAAGCCAGGAUACAUUUCUUGGUUAUGCGAAAAUGAAUACUGUUUUUGGAGACGGAAACUCUCAUCAAAUGGAAUGGCUGCCAAUCGAGAAUGGUACUGGAAAAUUACUUGUUGAGGUCGAAUACGAAAAGAAAAGGACGCUGCAGAUCGAGACUUCGAAAAAAUUAUAUAGAAGUGAAUGCUGUCGCCUUGGCGUUAUGCGUAAACUUCGAAAACUUUCAACUAAUCGCUUCUAUAUGUCCCUUAAUAUCCAGAAAGCCGACAUAUUACCACACUGCGACGUAGUACAGUCAUUCCUUUCACCAAUCAACAAUAGCCUCUUUAUCGCACCACUCAAAUUCAUCGCACAAACGCGCUCACAUUUCUGUUUAUAUUGGCCGUUCAUUCCAGGUGGACAUCUCUUCUACCAUCUACAACAGCCGCUACGAUUUCAGACUGAAAGAGCAAAGUUGUAUGCUGCAGAAAUCCUUAUCGCACUGGAAAGGUUACAUGAAGUAGAUCCUUGUUAUUACGAGUUAAAGCCCAAGAAUAUUCUCCUUGAUUCCGUGGGGCAUAUCGUUCUGUGCGAUCUAGGUUUUCUGCAUCUAGAAACAAGGAACAUAGAAAAAACGACAGAUUUUACGAUGGAUUACCUAGCUCCCGAAUUAUUAUCCGGCCACAUAUUGACAAGCACUGUCACCACAGCAUCAAAGUGGUGGGCGUUUGGAUCUUUCCUAUUCGAGAUGUUGACGGGUUUGCCUCCAUUUUACGACAAGAACGCAGAGCAAAGACGUCACAAUAUCCUCAGAGAACCUCUUGGAUAUUCCAGAUAUUUAUCAGCGUCUGCACAAGAUAUCCUAAACAAGCUGCUUUCUCGCAACCCAGGAGACCGAUUAGGAGCGAAUGGAGCAUCUGAAAUCAAAGCUCAUCACUUUUUCGAUGGCUUGGAUUGGGGAAAAGUUGCACGGCAGGAAUAUGAACCAGUUUUCAAGCCUCAUGAACAUGAAACGACCUUUCGACAAGAAAAAAAACACCCAAGAGAUAAAAAUUGGCUAGAGAAUCAAUUCUCGGGCUGGAGCUGGAACACGCCGCCGGCUGUCAAAGGACAAACAGUUGUUGUUGAAUCUUAUGAAAGUGCAAGCGAAAAGAAAGGACAACCAGUUGUUGUUGAAUCUCAUGAAAGUGCAAGCGAAAUGAAAGCACAACCUGUUUUUGAAUCUCAUGAAAGUGCAAGCGAAAAGAAAGAUGACUGGGAGCUGGUGUGGCAACAUGAGGACCAAAAAUUCUAUUUCUAUAAUCACUCCACAAAGACUAAAAAAUGCAUAUUCUCAAAUCGAGAGAAACAGUCUCAAAAGCGAUAUUUUCAAGCUAGGUCUAGGACGAUCCAAGGUGGUGUUGCUUGUAUCCACGAUGUUCCUAAUACCAACGUCGAUACUUUUUUGCCAGAUGCGGCGCAAUGCCAGGAGGCGCUCGAAGCAGUGCUGGUAAAUCAAUAUAUGCAUCUGAUCCCCGCACUGCUGAAGAAAUAUACCAUUAAUCUAAAUGUCAAACUUGAGUAUGCUCAUACAACACCAAUAAAUUAUGUUACAGGACUGGAAGACGUUGAGACAGUACGACUAUUUCUUGAAAAUGGUGCCGACGCUAAUCUGGAACAUGGCUAUACUAUGGGAGGCCAGCCUUUACUGACAGCAGUAAAAAAAGGAAAUCAAGAGCUUACAGAAAUUCUUGUGCAAAGGACAGAUCGCAUACCUUGCACUAGAGCGUUGGGCCAUGCUGUGAGCAAAAAGGAUAUCCCGAUUGUCAAUAUAUUGCUUGCGAACGGUGUGAAGUGCGAUUUUGAAGAUUCAGACCAACCGCCAGAACCUGGACCUUGCGUGCCUGAUUGGGAUUGGAAUCUAAAUACAUUAAUUGAAGCCAAAUCCGAGCCAGACCAGUAUAUCCCACCACUAGUUAGGGCCGUCCUUUUAGGUGAUGUGCACCUUGUUCAGCUAUUACUUUCUUAUGGCGCAGAUGCCAAUAUCGGCUAUCAUAACUUGGUUGGCUCCCUACCAGACAGCUUUAUUAUAUCUGAUCAUUUAAAUAUGCGUUGUGGAAGACCAAUACAGUUGGCAAUGGAACUAGGACAUCUAGACGUGAUUCAGCUCUUGCUCGGUUACGGUGCAGAAAUUGAUCUUGCUCAGCCAGUUUGGCAACAUCACCACUGCAAAAUGAUACCCAGAGCAGCACAUCACGAAAUCACAGCUCAACUUAGGUCAGUAGCGACUCCAUGGUACCUAUCAACCCCAAAGUACGACUCAAUGAUGUCGCAUGUCAGAGAAUAUGACAUCUGCUCCCAUUCUGAGCAGGAUGCUGUUGUCCCCGGCGCAGCAGUCCCCGGUGUUGUCACCAAGAAAGCACCUACCACCUCAAUGCUUACCAGAGCAUAUGCAAUCCGGUACAAGAGCUUCAUGGUUGCACCACUGACCAACUGGAACCUCGAAUAG